CACUGUGACUCCACCACGCCGCAAACGACGACCUCGGGGAUGUCGAACAAAGAGGCGCUGAGUCUGGGCGCGCGCUGACUCCAUUCUCCGACAAGCACCGGACCGAGGCCCUGGAAAGCUGAACAAAACACCCACGGAUCCCGCCUUCGUUCUCUCCUCUGCGCUGCAGAAAACAUCACGAACCUCGCCAUUUAAAACAAGACUCCGCACGUCCGCCAUGGCCCGGAAUCCUGUUUCUCUCGCCUCCUCGAAUUCUCUGGAGAAGCCUCAUCCACCACGCUUCGCCGCAAAUACCCACCCGACAUCGCCAUGUCGCGUGCCUUGACUCGUCUUAUCCCAACUUCUUCACUUCGGAGUUUGACGUCUUCACCACGAUGGAGACCCUCGCUGCCGGUCGCAAUAUCGCAAACCUUGCUGUCGCCAGCUGCCCAGACUAGACAUAGCUCACAUUCACCUAUGGGUGCUGCUCCAGCCCAAGUCCGCAAGCCCGUCACCAUCAACACCCUGCAGUCGCUAUACCGCAAGAACGAGCCCAUAACUAUGAUCACCGCUCACGACUUCCCAAGUGGACACGUCGCCGACCACGCUGGCAUGGACAUGAUACUCGUUGGUGACAGUCUCGCUAUGGUUGCACUAGGUAUGGAAGACACGAGCGAAGUACUGCUAGAAGAAAUGCUGCUUCAUUGUCGCUCUGUCGCACGAGCUACCAAGUCUGCCUUUACUGUCGGUGAUCUACCCAUGGGCUCCUACGAAGUCUCCCCCGAGCAAGCCGUCACCUCCGCUAUCCGCGUCAUAAAAGAAGGUCGAGUGAAGUCCGUCAAGUUAGAAGGAGGGGCGGAAAUGGCUCCCACCAUCGCCGCUAUUACCCGUGCCGGCAUACCGGUCCUUGCCCACAUAGGUCUCACACCUCAACGCCAAAACGCUCUCGGCGGUUUCCGCGUACAAGGGAAAUCAACCGCCUCGGCCGUUUCCCUCCUUCAAGACGCCCUCGCCGUACAGGCUGCCGGCGCUUUCGCCGUAGUCCUCGAGGCAGUGCCGGCUGAGGUCGCUGCCAUCGUCACUGGUGAACUUAGCAUCCCCACCAUCGGAAUCGGCGCUGGAAACGGCUGCUCGGGCCAGGUUCUCGUACAGGUCGACAUGUCUGGAAAUUUCCCACCCGGCCGCUUCCUCCCUAAGUUCGUGAAACAAUACGGCAACGUAUGGGCAGAGAGCAUGAGUGCUAUUCAAACUUACGGAAAAGAGGUCAAGAGUCGGGAAUAUCCAGCGAAAGAGCAUACCUACCCCAUGCCGGCAAAGGAGCUGGCUGAGUUCGAGAAGAUAAUCUCAGAAAAGAGGGAGAAAUUGUGAGGACGAUUAGUUGAAAAAGGCGGCGAAUUCAUUAAAAGCGUAUAGAAGUUUUGGAUACCCUGGUUUUGCAUAUUGAGCGCGCAAAUGCCGUCGUUGGUUGGAGCAUUUUCAAUGCAUUGAGAGCACAAAAUAAUGGAUAGGAUAGAAUGAAAACUUACAACCGAUUCGUAAC